GCACCCACGGGCACCACCACGCUGCUGGGGGACAUCGCCGAGGGGAGCCAGAUGCUCACGGUGUGGUCGCGUGCGGGCUUCUCAGUGGGCGAUACCAUCUCGCUCACCGCGGCAGACGGGUCGACGGAGACGCAGGCCAUCGAAAGUGUCGACGGCGAGGACGAUUCCAACGGAAUACUGAACCUCAAAGCUGGCUUGCAGAAAGCAUAUUCAGAUGGUGCUGCGGUGAAGAAGGAGAAGUCUGCUCCUUCGGCCGAGAAGGCGGCCGAGGCCAAGGGCGAUGAAAAUGCCGACGCCAAGGCGGCCGACGGGGGCGACGGAGACGGCGACAAGAUGAGGUGGAGACCUUCGCGUUCUCUACUACAACCAACGGGGAGACGAGCCAGGGCAGCACCACCAUCUUGGUGUGGGCAGCAGACGGUUUCGCCGAGGGCGACGAGGUGA